GUGAGUGUUCUUAAUUCAGUUUUUCUGCCACCUCGUGCCUCUGUAAACUUCAUCCGUGCCUCUCUGUUCCUUAUGCAGCCCCACUCCCAGCCUCUCUGGCCCUGCCCUAACUCCCCUAAACCCAUCCUGUGAAACGGUGAUGGCACCUCUAUGCAGCAGUCAAGACACAAGUGCACUCGCAGUUUACGUCAGCAGAACAACUGUCUCUCUUGUCCUGACAAUGCACAGCAUUUUGUUGCUUCUCCAGCUGCCCCAGCACAGAGCCUGUGUCUCCAGAUACAGUCACUAACACCGUGGGAUCUGUCUUGCAGUGCAGCUGUGAGGUUCCAGUUCAGCCCUUGGCAGACCAUGUUCAGGAGCAACAGCAAUAACCCUAUAAACUUAUACGGUGAAAAGCCUAAAAACUGCGCCUCAGCACUGUGGGAAAACUCUCUCUUCAACACUUCACCUGAUUCCACAAAAGUCUGGAGAUCUGAAAAUGCAUCUUAGGUUGAGGUCCCUUGCAAUCAUGGUGAAGUCUAGAAGAAUGCCGGUGCUCCUGAUUCUGGUAGUUCUGUCCUUCCUUCUUAUCCACUUCCUACCCUGCAGCAACAAUGCCCAUAUGGAAGAAAAACCUUCUCCUGUCCACAUCCUCAUUCUCUCCUCCUGGCGGUCAGGAUCCUCCUUCACUGGACAAAUCUUCAGCCAGCACCCCAGUGUCUUCUACCUGAUGGAGCCUGCAUGGCACGUGUGGGUUAAGAUGUACCAGAACAGUGCCAAAGUCUUACACAUGGCAGUGCGGGACUUAGUCAGGUCGGUCUUUCUGUGUGAUAUGUCUGUGUUUGAUGCUUACAUGUCUAGCCAGAAGAAAAAGUCUGAUUUAUUUCAGUGGGAGACAAGCCGAGCCUUGUGCUCCCCACCUGCCUGUGACUCAUUCAGUCGCAGUGACAUAAUCACUGCAGGCAAUUGCAAAACCAUCUGUGGCAAGUACCCAUUCAGCAAGGUGGAGGAAGCUUGUAAAACCUAUAGCCAUGUUGCCAUCAAGGAAGUUAGGUUCUUUGACCUGAAAGUUCUCUAUCCCCUUCUCACUGAUCCAUCCCUGAACCUCAAAAUCAUUCACUUGGUACGUGAUCCUCGGGCUGUGUUCAGGUCCCGAGAGAAUACAAAGGCAGACCUGAAACGUGACAGUAACAUUGUUGUGGGGUCUCAGAAGACAAAGGGAGAAAUGGGGCCCUACAACACAAUGCAGGUAAUCUGCAAAAGCCACGUUGAGAUAUACAAGGCAGGAAGUCAGACUGCUCCAAGCUUCCUGAAAGACCGGUAUCUGCUGGUUCGCUAUGAAGACAUUGUCAGAGACCCCCUAGCAAGGGCUGCUCAGAUGUACAGGUUUGCAGAACUCCACUUCACACCAGAGCUUCAGAAGUGGGUCCACAACAUCACCCAUGGAAAAGGUCAUGGAGCACAGGCCUUUGAUAUUGGGUCGAGAGAUGCACUGAGAGUAUCCCAGGCCUGGAGAAAGACACUUCCCUUCCAGAAAAUAGAAAAAGUGCAAAAUGUGUGCAAAGAUGCAAUGGAUUUGCUGGGCUACCGGCUUGUUCAGUCUGAAGAAGAGCAGAAAAAUAUGUCUCUGGAUCUUUUGUUUGCCCAGAACUCCUCUGAGUAUCAAAUUUUGAAGGCAGAAAAGCUGGUCUCUGCAUCUACUUUCUGAAGGCUGUAAAGUGCUAAACUAUUCACUAGAGACAAGGAGGACAGAGGUGCAGGCGUAGAAGUGUAGGAGCGUGCAUGGAUGCAAGAACAAGUGGUACAAGAACCCUGACUACAUUCAGGAGAGCUCUCAGCAGCACAGGGUCACUUUCCAAGACCCCUGGAGCUACAGCCACAAUGGAGGCUAAAGGAAUGCAAGUUUGUUUUCCAAAUUAAUUAUGUUUAGGUUGGAGCACACAGAAUGCCAAAGGAGUAGGAUGUAGCGGUAAGGGGUGACCUGGUUUCAAAGAAUACAGCACGGCAACCCAACUCCCUCAUGGGUCACUCGGGCCAGUGACACACGCAGACACCAAUGUGGUGGACGGUCAAAGGCCUUUAAUGUUACAGUUCAGGGGGUUUUAUAGAUAGGGCUUCUCUACGUCAGGAAGGGGGUCGUACGAUGCUUAGCAAGCAGUGGAAAGUUACUGGUAUUUCUAUGUUAGAGGGGGUACAAGUUUGGCUACAUUCCAAGGGUGAUUGUUAUCGGGGACAGAGGGGGGAGAGAGGUUUCUGCAUCUCCACGUGACAUCCCGAUAUCUUGCGAAACGCCUGUCCCUGCCUGCUACAGUAGGACCAGAUGGCAGAAGCUCAAACUCUCCACAAACCACAGCUGAAGACUAGAGAAACCACAUGGAGCAAUUGCACUGCCAAGGAGGAGGAAAUAUAAAAGGAAGCUGAAUAAAGAAAAUAUUGCUUGACAUGCUGCCAUGCAGGAUAUGU